AUGAGCGCUAGCGAAGCUCAAGUCAAGAAAGAGAACACCGUCGCUGACACACUGGCGUCGGUAUUGCCUUCUGAUGGCAAGCCUUGGUAUAAACAGAGGCACCUAUUGAAGCUCAACUUUGUUAUACUUUCCCUGGUCUUGUUUUCAUCCGCCAACGGAUACGAUGGUUCUUUGAUGAACGGUCUUCAAGCUCUCCCCAACUGGAACGAUUUCAUGGAUCACCCAAAGGAUGCCUGGCUCGGCUUCAUUAACGCCAUUUACUGGUUUAUGAACGGUAUUUCUUUCUUUGUCGCCGCCUGGAGUGCCAACAAGUACGGUCGCAAGCCAGGUCUUUAUAUUGGCUAUUUAUUUCUUAUCGCCGGAACCAUUCUACAAACAGCAGCGCACAAUCCGGCAGCUUUCAUCGCCGCCCGAGGUCUUCUCGGAUGCUCUGCAGGAUGGUACACCAGCAGCGCGCCCCUACUACUCAAUGAGAUCGCCUAUCCCACUCAUCGAGCCAUUGCGUCAGCCUGUUUCCAGUGUGGCUUUUAUCUCGGCAGUAUAAUCUCCGCAUGGGUGACAUUUGGAACCAGAAACUAUACAAGCUCCUGGGACUGGCGCCUUCCAUCUCUCAUGCAGAUCCUACUCCCUGCCUUGGCUUUUCCCGGAUUCUUUAUGGCACCUGAGUCUCCUCGAUGGCUUGCGUCGGUAGACCGCAAUGAGGAAGCGUCUAAUGUUAUUGCGAAGCAUCACGCAGAUGGAGAUGCCAACUCGCCUCUAGUUCAGUAUGAGACCGAGGAGAUUAUAAACACUAUCAAGGCCGAGCGGGAGGCACAUACCAGCGCCAGCUAUGCAGACAUGCUCAAGACCAAGGGCAACAGAUGGAGACUGCUUAUCUCAAUUACACUGGGACUAUUCAGUCAGUGGAGUGGUAACGGCGUCGUCUCGUACUAUCUUGCUCUUGUCCUUCAAACUGUCGGUAUCACCAGCGUUACUCACCAGACGCUCAUCUCUGCAUGCCUGCAAGUUUGGAACCUGAUCUGGGCCGUCGCAGCGGCAGCAAUGGUUGAGAAGCUUGGGCGACGACCUUUAUUCCUGACAUCUGGUAUAACUAUGUUGGUGAGUUACAUUGCCAUUACCGGAUUAUCUGGCUCUUUUGCAAGUACCGGAAACUCUGCUGUAGGCAUUGCCGUUAUCCCUCUCCUUUUCGUUUUUUUCGCGGGGUACGAUAUUGCACUAACACCCCUGAUUAUUGCCUAUCCCAUCGAGAUCUGGCAGUUCCAGCUCCGGUCCCGUGGUUUUAGUGUUUUGUGGACCUCAGGCAUCGUCGCCGGUAUCUUCAACAUGUUUGUAAACCCAAUCGCGCUUGGAAGCAUCGGUUGGAAGUACUACUUUACCUACAUCGUUUUCCUCGCUGCCUUUGUGAUAAUUGCCUACUUCUGCUACCCCGAGACCAAGGGCCGUACCCUUGAGCAGAUGGCAUACAUCUUUGAUGGAGAAGAUGCUGAUACGAACGUCCUGGAAGGCAAGACAGUGGAAGGCAAGACCAAGGUUUUAUCGAUUGAGCUGGAGCACAAGAGUGGAUGA